AUGACUCAAGACACAGUGGAAAGUAAGACAUUGACCCCUGAGCAAAGAGAAACCAAUGAUUUCAAUGGCGGAUUUUCUAAUCAGAAUAUGCAUCACACCUCCAAGGAACAUCUGAAGCGGUUGAACUCGGCAAUCUUGAAGGCAACCUUCGUUGGUGCCCUAUAUGGUGGGUUGAUUUCCAUUCCAACAGAGUUGCUCAUUCGUUGGCGUUCCCCCUUGUAUCGAGCAUUUGGCUGGAGAAUCAGAAUGUUCUAUCACACCAUUUGGAUUGCAUCAGCAGCAGCCUUCCAUGCCGAGAGAGAGGUUAUUCGGUUUGAAAAUAUCAUAAGACAAGAGGAGGCUGAACGGAGAAACAAGUUGCUGGAAUUGAGUAUCAUGCAGGGCGUGUACACGCCCGAAUCUGAAGGUUUCAAAUCAAAGAGAGGGGACUAA